UAGUCCUAUUUUUAAUCCACACUCCACGUUAAACUGCUAGAGGUGGCAGGGGUGAAAUGCGAACUUCUUAAUCCUUUCACUAAACUCUUUGAAGUCGACUUGAAUUUCUAUCUGCUAAACAAUUUAGUCCAUUCGCCAUGAGUUAUUUAAUAUAAACACCGCGUGCGGCAUAAAUGCAGGGUAAGAGAAACUGGAAUUUUUACAGAGUCGCGAGAACUACACAUGGAAUGUAUGCGAACAUUUUCAGACGUGUUCUGCUGAAGAUAAAUUUAGCGGCAUCGUGGUCUGUAAACAUGGAUGAUUGAAUGGUUUAGAGGGAAGAUGGAUGCAUUAGAGUGUACUCCGGCGGUAUAUCGCACUGAGAGCGAGGGCAGCACGACAAGCGAAGACAGAGAGGGUUCUUUGCGUGCGUAUCUGGAGAAAGAGUCUCUUGGGCAUUUAACCGCGCUGUUUCCAGACUAUGUUUCCCUCCACUACUUCCAGUCUUUAACAGAGGACGACUUAGAACAUGAUUACAACGUGAAAGACGAUAAAGAAAGGGAGCUUUUAAUGCAUUCCAUAAUCAAACUGCGAGAGGAAUUUCCAGCGUACGAGUCUGACUCGGAACUUGAUAACAGCACAGAGUUGAAUUCAGAGGUUUUUUCUUCACUGCCAAGAAAUUUCAGGCUCAAUCGUUCCAGAUUCUCAGAUGAGUUUGCAGAAACAAGAUCCAAGAGAAGAGAGAGUUUUGGUUUUCCAUCUGCAAGGCUGGAUGAGACUUCUAACUUGCUUCGCAUGAGGGCAAACCCUUCAUUGGGAAGUUCAGAGCCAAACCUCACGGGAAGUUGUACUGACAUAAGCCGGAGACCAAGCUCCUUCAAUGCUGGAACUCGGAAAGCUGGUAGAAGUUAUACCGCAACAAGCUCCAUGUCAUCCGGAAACUCAGGCCGACCAUACUCGCCAUUUUCAUCAUCAUUUACACAAGGCUCUGACAGCCCAGUUGGCAGUCCUAGCUUUCACACAUCUUCAAACAGUACCACUUCUGGAGCGCAUUUUGCUUUUUCAAACAUCAGAAAAGACAUGGCUGGAAGGCGCUGGUCAGUGGCAUCUUUGACAUCAUCAUCAGGAUAUGGAACACAUACUCCUUGUUCGUCAUCAUACUCUUCACUGGCAUCGUCACAAGAAAAACUUCAUCAGUUGCAGAUAGGAUUGCCCUAUUGUGAUGAGUAUAACUAUGGAGCACACUUCAGUGCUGACAGCGAUCAGGAAGAGGAUACUGGAGGUCGCAGGUCACCAAAACCACGGCAAAGGUCACGAAGUCUGAGUCCCGGAAGAUCUCCCCUCAUUCAUGAAGACGAACUUCAGUUGUUGAAUAAUCUCUAUAGGGAGCGAUUUCCUAAGGCCAUAACGCAAAUGGAAGAGAAUCUUAGUGAACUGAUUGAGGAAUACGCCGAAGAGGGAACACUGAACCAUCAUAGCUGUGACGCACUUUUAAACUUUGUGUGGAAUCAGGUUCUUGAAGCAGCUCGCGAUAGCCUCAAACAGUCCAAGGAUAGCGCUCUCACAAGUCUGUACUUUUAUGACCUGUCUGAUAAGCUAGAACGGCUGCUUAUCGAGGCCCAUCAAAAGACAAACCUGGAUAUUUCUCCUGUGAAGAGACUCGUGAGAAAGUUACUAAUGAUCAUGUCAAGACCAGCUCGGCUUUUAGAAUGUCUGGAAUUCAGUCCUGAAAAUUUCUACAACGAGCUUGAAGAAGAAGGACGAGAGCUGGAGAGGGUCACUGAGAAGGCAGAUAUCACGAACUACGUUAAACUCAAAUUAGGACUAGUACAGACUGAAGAUAACAGACCAGGCUCGCCAGAGGAGCAAGAACCUGAGUCACCAUUGAAAUCUGCCAGUUCUAACUCGACAAUAGGGGAAAUGCCAACAGAGGAGGACUUUGAAUACAUCAAACUCAUAAGCAACGGUGCUUACGGUGCUGUUUACUUAGUGCGACACAAACAAACACAGAUGAGAUUUGCGAUGAAGAAGAUGAACAAACAACUUAUGCUGCACAGAAAUCAAGUUCAACAAGUGUUCGCAGAAAGAGACAUUCUGACGUUCGCCGAGAAUCCGUUUGUGGUUGGAAUGUGGUGCUGUUUUGAGACAAAGAAACACCUUUGUAUGGUGCUCGAAUAUGUCGAGGGAGGGGACUGUGCGUCGCUUUUGAAAAACAGUGGACCACUACCAAUGGAUCUCGCCAGAGCCUACGUAGCUGAGACAUUAUUAGCCGUGGAAUAUUUGCACAGUUAUGGAGUCAUUCAUCGCGAUCUUAAACCUGACAAUCUUUUAAUUACAUCACUGGGUCACAUAAAACUCACAGACUUUGGAUUAUCAAAGAUUGGACUCAUGAACAGCACCACACACAUGUAUGAACACUCACUCGCCCAAGAAACAAAACAGUUCAUGGACCAGCAAGUUUUCGGUACCCCGGAUUAUCUGGCGCCUGAGGUCAUUCUGAGGCAAGGCUAUGGCAAGCCCGUGGAUUGGUGGUCCUUAGGGAUCAUACUCUACGAAUUCCUCAUUGGAGUACCCCCCUUCUAUGGUGACACGCCCGAAGAGCUGUUUGCGGAUACUUUGAGCGGUGCUAUUGAAUGGCCGGGUGAAGACGAGGCUCCUCCCGAAGACGCUCGGGAUCUGGUGACAAAAUUAUUGGAACAGGAUCCUAUAUUGCGUCUGGGCACUGCAGGUUCACACGUAGUGAAGGAGCAUCAGUUCUUUCAAGGCUUAAAUUGGACGGCGUUGCUGAGACAAAAAGCUGAAUUUAUACCUCAACUUGAUGGCGAGGACGACACAAGCUACUUCGAUACUCGCACAGAUCGCUACAACCACGAGUUGGAGACUGAUGAUGACGAAGAUGAAGAUGAAGAAUUCAGCAGCUUUUCGAGCGAGUUCAGUAACUUCUCCACAUGUUCCCCCCGGUAUUCCCGCAUCUGCGGGUCCCCGGUACCAUCCCCGGUUACCUCGCCGGGUCCUUCAUCUCCCGUGUCCCCGAACAACACAAAGAAGGCUUCUGACGUUAAAGAUUCGGGCGAAGAGGUGUCGACUCCCCGAAGUGACAUGAGCUCGGAAUGUUCCCCGCCGACUGUCCGAAAGAGGAGUCAGGAACGAAACCCACCACUUCGUUUGGAGAGCCGAGACAGCGACGAAGAUUUCCGAAGGCAACAAAGUGAUACCAGCGUCGAUGCCGAUCGUCCCCAUAGUCGAACAAAUUCGACAAAUUACUCUUUAACCCCAAUGGAACGAGAUUUCAACCCAGGUUCCCCAGUCACCCCUCCCACCGUCCGGUUAAGGAAGAAAGCCUAUUCAGAUUUGGCCCCAGUGCCUAUCCCGCUGCUGUCAUUAUCGGCUGGCGAGGAAAGCCCUACUAAUCCCCCCGCGGCCAGUUUUACUGUGGAGACUGAGACCGAGGACAAAUAUCGGGUCCAGCGAACCCAUUCCCUCCCUGACGAGGGGGACAGAAGACUCUCUUCUGUACCCAAAUUGGAGCUAUCUUUGUCUGACGAUGAAUAUCGUGCUUUAAGCCAACACAUACGAAGCCCUCCUGGUUCGCCUCAGUCCCGGACUCCCCCUCGUUCUCCGACCAGUCGCCGAAGAGCCAAGACGCUUUCGCUCUGUCUUCGUCCACCAAUCAUAAUCGAAAAAGGACCUCGUGGAUACGGCUUCACUCUACAGGCUAUUCGUGUUUACUUCGGAGAUACGAACUACUACAAAGUCCAUCACCUUGUGUCGAAUGUGGACCAUGGCAGUGCUGCUUUUGAGUCAGGUCUUAGGCCUGGCGACUUGUUGACGCACGUGAACGAUGAGUCUGUGAAGGGGCUCAGUCAUCGCGAAGUCAUUGAGCUUAUCCUCAGCGGUGGAACAAAAGUAAAACUCAGCGCGACUGAACUCGCCAAGACAUCCAUUAAAAGAGGAGGCCGGAAAAGGGUGCUCUCUGCUAGUAAACAAGUCCGAAAGAAGUUGUCUUUCAAACGCGGACGAAAAGGAACUGCUCCCCAAAAUCUUCCAUCUCCUGGCUCUGAAACGGCAGAUAAACAUCCCAAACAAAAACCGUUCUGGAAGCGGUUUGGUCGCCGAGCAAGUCUGUCGCCAGGAAACGGCCUUCGGAGAACAAGUUCACUGAAGCGUGUGGUGUCGUCACCAGAUUCCGCUCGGCCGGCCUCACCUAAACUCAGUUCGCACUCGUUUGAUUUUCGGGCGUUGUCGGAUCAGUCUUCAUCUUCUGUCGGCAGUAGUCCUGCUUCGUCGCCGAGUUCGCCUUGUGCGCAUGGCCUAGGGCGACCAGGAACUCUACAAGGAAUUAUUCCAAAGCUGCGAGCGGUUCGCUCUCCAAGGAGAAAAACAUCAACACACGUUCCCGUGUCACCCCUUGCAAGGACCCCAUCACCAACCUCAGUCUCCCCCUCUCAUCCUCACACUCAGGGACAUCAGCCUCGUAGCACGUCUCCUCUGACCCUUCGGGGGUCCCCCGCGUCACAUCUGGUCACAAUUACGCCCCAAACCUCCCCGAGGCCUGGGUCGCCGUUAUUAAGACGCGCUUUAUCUCCAGAACAUUUUCAUCUCAGCAAACACGAUAAAAAAACUGAAUUUCGCCGGAAGACUUCCCGUGACGAGAGAUCUCUCGGGAGAAAAGACAGUUUUGAGCUAAAAGGACGCCACCAUCGCAAACACCAAGGCGUACGUUGUGUUGUCGAACAAGAAAGCCCCCUUGAACGCCCGCGAAGUGUUAGUUUAAUCGAAACGAAUAGUCAAAAUAAACUGGAACUUAAAUGCGAGCUACGAAGACAUUCCGAAGAGGCCCCAAAAAUGUUUUCAAAUCUUAAACGUGAACUGAGAGACAAGUCAGAAGAUAAGUUUGAUGAAACAGAUUUGGAUACGAAAUUUUGACAGCUGGCCGUUAAUUACCAAGAAUCUAACAAUGGUGAACUUCGAUGGAUCGCCUGGACUUAGUGGAACAAUUUUAUUAGUUGGCUGACGUUUUCUGCGUUUUGCCUUCACCACGCGUUAUGAUUAGUCCACAAAACUCGCGCUUCCUUCUCAACUAAUCAGAUGCAAAACUACAACCAAGCACGACGCGCUUACGUGAACUUUUCCCGCGCUCAAGACCAUCUACGUGCAUGUACCUCAAAUUUAUAUUGGUUCCUUGAGGUAAUUUUCUGUUUGUUUCUGAUUGGCGGUUUCAGUUACGUUAGGUUUGGUUCACAACACUCACUUUAAAAAGCUCUCAAUACCAAAAGACAAACUGCUGUGUAGAUACUGUAAAUACUGUGAAUAAUUGAAAUAUGUACAUAGAUACAAAGACUGAUAUAUCAUGUAUGAGUGAACUUAGAUAUCUUACUGUGUCGGAGUUGACCAAUACCUUGUUUCUCCUUACACGGAAGUACAAGGACAAAUAGAUAGGUACAGUGUAGAACUAUUGAGCAGCUGUCUUGCCUAAGAGGGUGUUAUACCCUUUUGUCAGAAUUUGGAUUCGUUUCUGAGCUGGAAAUGUCGCGGUUUGAGCGUCUUGGACUUUUCAAGGUUGUUACUUACAAUCCGGAAAGGUCUUCUCCAUCCUCACCUCUCCGCGAUACUUUUUGGUUUAUUUAUUUUAUAUUGGUGAUCUCUAUCUCGCCGAACUGUCAUAUUUGUGUUUCCUUCACAUUGAAGGUAAUUUUACAUACACGACAAACGACGAGCACUCUUCAAUUGAAUGUCGAAAAUAAUCCCGGAUCACUUUGGCUCUGCGUUACUUUGCUCUGUGAUUGGUUCAGGAAACUCGUGCCACUCUCUCAGCCAAUUAGAUUUAUAACUGAGGUCAGUAGCGUUUUCCCGCGCUUCGUGAAGUUCGCUUAUAUUUACUCGUUGUUGUUUUUGUAUUUUCUCUGUUCUGAUUGGACUCUCAGAGUGCUUCAGUUUUGUUUUUCGACACUUCAAUCGAAAGCGCUCUAACGUUUCGAAAAUUAAUUUGUUUAAUUCUGGAUUUCAGAGAAAACUCACAGAAAAGAACCACGAGUUACACAGCUGGUUAGCUACGUCCUUGUUUUGUUUGAAAAUAGAUGUUUGUCCUUAGUUUCCGCGAUCCAAACUUACAGAGACUGUUUCUAGGUUCUUAUCUUUGAGUUUUACCCAACUGCACGGGCCCGGUUUUGAUAUAUGAGGGUUCGAAAGCUCCCAAAGAGUUUGUAAACAAACUCAUUAUUUUGUUUACGAGUCUCAGGGGAGACAACAGAGUUAUGUGUGGAUUGGCAUUUGCACGAGAAGUGUUGUUACUGAAUGAAACGAGUGAGUGUUUUAGCAAUGAAAAGUUUGUGCUCGAAGGAAGCGUGUACCUCUCGGUGUAUGUGUAUUUGUGUGUGCGUGUUUCCGCUUCGUUUUUGCGGGCGUACGUAUAUUUUGUCCAGUAAUGUAGAUUUGUGGUUACCAUGCGAGUGAAGUUGGUUUUCUCUCGAAUACCAUUGCGGUACGUAGCUCUUCCCAACCUCCUGUCGAGUCGCGCGUUCUGAGGUAUCUGCGUGAUGGACCGUAAAAUGAAGGCCUGGAGAUGACAUUAAUUUAUUUCCCAUGGAAUGAUUCCGAAUGGAUUAGUGAUAAGUGUAUUGAGUAAUAGGAAAAAAGUGGAAUAAAACGAAGUAUAACGUA